GGCUUGGGGUGUGGGGCUGGGAGGGAGCCGUGCCGGGCACUUCUCAUCCCCACAGCCAUGGGAAGCAGCACUUUCACCCUGGUCCUUGCCCUGGCCCUGGUGGCGUGUGUCACCCCUGCGGAGAGGAAGUGCCAGCUCAGUGGGCUGUGGAAGAACGAGCAGGACUCGCUGAUGGAGAUUUCAGCAGUGAGGGACGACGGGGUCUUCCAGGGGAAAUACCUCACGCAGGUCACCCUCGCCGGCGUCUGCGCCCGCGCCUCCCCCCUGACGGGCGCCCAGCAGCAGCCUGGCGAGGGGGGCUGGCCCACCUUUGCCUUCACCGUGCGCUGGGAUAAGUUUUCCAAUGCCACUGCCGCCUUCGCGGGGCAGUGCUUCGUGGACACAGGCGGGAAGGAGACGCUGACCACCAUGUGGCUGCUGCGCGAAGCCGUCGGGUCCCUGGAGGAGGACUGGAAAGCCACAAGGGUGGGCAGAAACGUCUUCAUACGCAAACGCACCCCAAAAGGAAAGAUCCUGCCCAGCUUGUCCCCAUCCUGUGAGGACGCAGCUUCAUCUGCCCCAUGAUGGCGUCCUCCGGCUGCAGCAUGGACCCCCAGGGCAAACAAAACCAGCUUCUCACAUAAAAAAAAAUAAAAGUAUU